CCAGUGCUUCACUGGACCUGUAGAUGUGGCCUGUGACUUCUGCACUGGGAGGAAGCUGAGAGCUGUGACUUCCUGUCUGACCUGCCCUGCCUCCCUCUGUGAGAACCAUGUCAGGCAGCACUACACAAUACCAGCACUGCAGAGACACACACUGGUGGAGAUGACCAGAGACCUGGAGCAGAGACUCUGUCAGCAGCACCACAGAGCUCUGGAGGUGUUCUGUAAGACUGAUCAGACACUCAUCUGUAAAGUUUGUGCAGUGGAAGAACAUAAAGACCACAGUAAAUUCUACAAAGAUCUCUCCAGUAUACUGGAUGCCACAAGCCUUAUGAAUGUUACAUUAGAGACCAUGAAGAAAAAACAUUUCAGCAAGUUUAAGAGGCAACUGAAUGAGGAUUACCCAGAGUGUCUUGGUAGCCAGCUGGAGGGUCUCAAUGUCCCUGGUGUCGUUGAGAAGAUGGUAGAAAGCUUCGGGGAACAAGGGGCUCUGAGAAUCACACUGCACUUUCAGGAUGUUGGUACUCCGAGAAAAGUCAGAAGGUCCACUAAAGCAAACCUAAAGAAAAAGUGUCAGUACAUUUCAGAGGGACUCUCAAAACAAGGACAGAUAACUUUUUUAAGUGAGAUCUACACAGAGCUCUACAUCACAGAGGGUGGAAGUGGAGAUGUCAACACUGAACAUGAGGUCAGACAGGUGGAGAUGAUUUCCAAAAAGCAAAUGAUUCAAGAUACUCCAAUCAAAUAUAAUGACAUAUUCAAAGCACCGCCGGGACAAAGGAGACAGAUCAGAACAGUGCUGACUAAAGGGAUAGCUGGAAUCGGGAAGACUGUGUCUGUGCAGAAGUUCAUUCUUGACUGGGCUGAAGGAAAAGCCAACCAAGAUAUUAUGUCCAUAGUCCCCCUGCCUUUCAGAGAUCUGAAUCUGAAGAAAGAGAACUACAGUCUCAUCCAACUUCUUCAUCACUAUGCUCCAGAGCUGAAAGAGACCAAAGACAUUGAGGAUGAAAAGGUCAAAUUACUUCUCAUUUUUGAUGGUCUGGAUGAGUGUCGCUUUCCUCUAGAUUUCCAAGGCGAUGAACUUUGCCGUGAUGUUACAGAGUCAACCUCAGUGGAUGUGCUGCUGAUAAACCUCAUCAAAGGGAAUCUACUUCCCUCGGCUCUCAUUUGGAUUACUUCCCGUCCAGCAGCAGCCAGUCAGAUCCCUCCUGAGUGUGUACAUCGGGUCAUAGAAAUCCGUGGGUUCACUGACCCUCAGAAGGAGGAGUACUUCUGGAGGAGAAUCAGAGAUUCGAAUCUAGCCAGCAGAAUUGUCACACAUAUCAAGUCAUCAAGGAGCCUCCACAUCAUGUGCCACAUACCCGUCUUCUGCUGGCUCUCAGCCACUGUGCUGGAGACUAUGAUGAGUGAUGCAGGCCCUGGUGAAAUACCCAGAACUCUGACUGAGAUGUACACUCACUUCCUACUCAUUCAGAUGAGUUUAAAGAAUAAGAAGUACCAUGGAACCUCAGUGGAUAACCCAAAGAAACUGUCUCAAUCAGACAAGGAAAUGAUUAUGAAACUUGGAGAACUGGCUUUCCAACAACUGGAAAAGGGCAAUCUGAUAUUCUAUGAGGAGGACCUGAGAAAAUGUGGCAUUGAUGUCAGUAAAGCUUCAGAGUACUCUUCACUGUGCACAGAGAUCUUUAGAGAGGAGCUGGGAUUGUACAGGGAGAGGGUUUUCUGUUUUGUCCAUCUGAGUAUUCAGGAACAUCUGGCCGCAGUGUAUGCACAUGUUUCAUGUGUGAAUGAAAACAAAAAUGCUUUCAAUGCAUUGAAAUGCAGUCAGAAAAGAGAAGAUAAAUUGAGUUUUGAUGAAUACUUAUCACCACUGUUUGAGUUACAUCAGAGUGCAGUGAAUAAAGCGCUUGAGAGUAAGAACGGACACCUGGACCUUUUCCUCCGCUUCCUUUUUGGUCUCUCGCUGGACUCCAGUCAGUGUCUCCUUCAAGACCUCAUGACAGGAAGCAAUUCAGAAAUGAGAACCUAUACCAGAACAGAGACGAUUAAUGAAAUUAAGAAGAAGAUCGGCGAGGAAUCAUCACCAGAGAGGAUCAUCAAUCUGUUCCACUGUCUGAAUGAGCUGAAUGACAACUCUCUGGUAGAGGAAAUCAAUGCAGCCUUCAGAUCAGGAACUCUCUCAGACAAAGAGUUGCAACUUGACCAGUGUUCAGCUUUGGCCUUCGUGUUAUUGAUGUCAGAGGAGGUGCUGGAUCAGUUUGACCUGAAGUUGUACAAGACAUCACCAGCAGGUCGGCGGAGGCUGCUCCCAGUACUAAGGACCUGCAGGAGGGCCAGACUGGAUCACUGUCAUCUCUCAUCUGAGUCCUGUUUGACUGUGGCAGCAGCUCUACAGUCGAUGAACUCAUUGCUGAGAGAACUGGAUCUCAGCUACAAUGACCUAACAGAUGCAGGAGUGAAGGUGCUCAUGCCUGGACUAAUGAGUCCAAACUCUAAGCUACAAAAAUUGAGAUUGGCUGCCUGUAAUCUCUCAUCUGAUAGCUGUGUAACUGUGGCUUCAGCUCUUCAGUCAGUGAACUCAACCUUGAGAACACUGGAUCUAAGCAACAAUAACCUGACAGAUUUAGGAGUUAAGCUGCUCUGCACUGAACUGAUGAGCCCAACAUGUAGACUGCAGGAGCUGCAGUUGAAUGUAUGUAGCCUCACAGAGGACUGCUGUGUAGAUCUGGCCUCAGUCCUCAGAUUUCCUCACUCUGACCUAAGAAAGCUGGAGCUGAGAGACAAUGACCUAAGAGAUUCAGGAGUGGAGUUGCUCUCUGAGGGCCUGGCAGAUCCAUGCUGUAAAUUGGAGAAACUAGGGCUGUCAGGCUGUGGAAUUACAGAGGAAGGCUGUGCUUCUUUGGCCUCAGCACUGGGCUCAAACCCCUCACACCUCAGGGAGCUGGAUCUAAGUUACAAUCACCCAGGAAGCUUGGAGGAGAAGCUACUCCAUAUUUUGCUGGAUCCAGACUUUAAACUGGAGAGACUGGAGUAG